AUGAUAAAUCAAAGUGACAUUAUUCUUACUUGGCUUGAUGCAAACAUAGACAAUGAACAAAAUAAACAAACAUACAAUACACUACCUGAUAAGUUUGGAGAUUGUAUGGAAUUUUCAGAUGAAUCUUCGUUUAGAAGAUUUCUUGGACGUAUUUCAUAUAGUCCAAGAAAACUUAUUCUUAUUGUUAGUGGACAAAUAGGCGAAACUUUAGUACCUGAUAUACAUAGACGUCCAAAUAUUUUAUCAAUCUACAUUUAUUGUUCUCGCAGAGAAUAUCAUGAACAAUGGUCUGCAGAUUAUUCGAAAGCCACCGUAGUUACUGAAGAAAAUGAUCUUUUUUCGAAAAUUCAAUCAGAUUAUAACUCUUAUGAAGAUUAA